ACUGUCGGCUGGCGUCUCUGCUGUCAGUAUUCAGUGGGAGGGUAGACAGCAGCAGCAGCAGCAGCCUCGGAGCUAAAACCAACGUGACAGACUGGAUUCUUAAUAACACCACCCGAUCCAAGAGCAGCACUUCCAGAGAAACCCUAAUACUACAUAUGGAGACUACCAGUUGUCGUUUUUCGACUGCUGCAUAAGGAUAACGACUCAGCCGGCUCGACAGCAGCGAACGCGGACCGCAGUGGAUGUUGUUGCAUUGUUCACGUGAAAGGAGGAAAAUCGGCGGUGUGCAGCGGAUCCGCGUGCAGUCGACCAGAACCGGACUCUGUUGUUGAUUUGUCAUAAUGUUUUAUCACGGGAUACAUCGUUACGCUGGAUACCGAAUUUAGUAGAGUCAUUGCAUCACGUUGGAUUCACCAGCCCAGUGUUGAACUUGGCCUGUAGAGCAAACAGCACGAUGAACGCGUAGCUCUGCUAAACCUAUGGAAUUUGUAUUUUCUGAUCAUUCGGUUUUCCAGCCGUGAUUCUUUUUGUCUUUAUAACUAUUUGGCGAUUACCUCUCUUAAAUUACUCGCUCGGUCAACUCAAGCAACUGCAGCUGUCGCUUUGUCUACAUCAGAUGGGAAUGGAUAUGACGAUACGAAAGUAAACCUGGACCUGGUUUUUGGGUUUUGGAGCCAGGUUUCCUGCACUCUGAAGGUCUGAAGAAUAUCAAGGCUCUUGCCCUUUUCCCUCUUGCGGUCCCUUAUGCCCAAUGACGGCUGUCUCCGGGUCACUGCAGGAUGGAUGAAGUGGAUUUGACAGUUUUUGUCUGUCACCAUCAGUGCUUGCCUCUCAGUGACUGUGUCUUGUUCUUUUACGUUUAUAAAAGAACACCUCCUCUCUUGGGCUCUGGCCCUUUACACUGUAAGAGUAACUGUUAGUAAGGAAUACCCCACGGAGGGGGCCUUCCAGCAAACUCCGUGGUUCACGUGAGCUUUUAUUUAAUUUUUUUCAUAGGCUUUUUGUGCCACAGUCAAAAGCAGAAAGAGAAAAUUUCCGCAAAAGGUCAAGGUUUACAUUUGAGUUUUUUCAUAAUAAUUUAUUUAUACAUUUAAUUUUUAUUUUUUUUUUCCUGGAGAGAUGUCAUCGGAAAAUCCCAACAAGGUGGUGACCUUCUUGGCCCCUCCACCUCCAAAGAAUGUGAACGGCUCCGGUUCGGACUCACUGGUGGGUGAGAAGCUAGACACGGAGGUCAGAAAACGACGCCACACCAUGGAUAAAGAUCUGAAGACGGCUGAGCACAGAUUUUUUAGGCGUAGUGUCAUCUGUGACUCCAAUGCCACAGCCCUCGACUUGCCCAGCAAAGCCUGCAUCACCUCGCCUCCGGACUGCGAGCAGUUCAUUGUGCCUGUGGUGCUGGGUUCGGCCCCUGACGUUACCAUUGACACCCAAGUGGGUGUUUCGGGUGUCAUAUUGAAAGAACAUGCAGAGGAUGGAAGAGCUGCUGGGGUUGAUGGGAUUGUGGAGGUACAGAUCCCAUCUGUGCAGGAUGUGGGUGUGAGGCAGAGUGAGGCCCUUGGGAUGGUGGAGAAGGAGCCCAGCGAUGUGGGCGACAAAGAGCAGGAGAGCGAAGUAGCAGACAAACGUGAGGAGGAAGAGGAGGAGAAAGGGGCGGCGAGGGCCCGUGCUGAAGCUGAGCAGAGGGAGGCUGAGAAAAAGGUUCAGGAGGAUGAAGAAGUGGAGACCAAAGCUGUGGGCACCUCACCCGAUGGGCGUUUCCUCAAAUUUGACAUCGAGAUUGGACGCGGCUCAUUCAAAACCGUCUACAAGGGCUUGGACACGGAGACUACGGUGGAAGUAGCGUGGUGUGAACUUCAGGAUCGGAAGCUGUCGAGAUCAGAGCGCCAGCGCUUCAAGGAAGAGGCCGGCAUGUUGAAAGGCCUGCAGCACCCAAACAUCGUGCGUUUUUACGAUUCAUGGGAGUCGCCCUCCAAAGGCCGCAAGUGUAUCGUGCUGGUGACGGAGCUCAUGACGUCAGGAACCCUAAAAACGUAUCUGAAGCGCUUCAAGGUGAUGAAGAUAAAGGUGUUGCGGAGCUGGUGCCGGCAAAUCUUGAAGGGCCUGCAUUUCCUCCACACCAGGGCUCCUCCCAUCAUUCACCGGGACCUUAAGUGCGACAACAUCUUCAUCACUGGUCCCACUGGCUCCGUUAAGAUCGGCGAUCUAGGCUUGGCCACCCUCAAGCGCUCGUCAUUCGCUAAGAGUGUCAUAGGUACCCCUGAGUUCAUGGCGCCUGAGAUGUACGAGGAAAAAUACGACGAGUCGGUGGAUGUGUACGCCUUCGGAAUGUGCAUGCUGGAGAUGGCUACCUCUGAGUACCCGUACUCCGAGUGUCAGAACCCCGCUCAAAUCUAUCGCCGAGUCACCAGCGGAGUUAAACCUGGCAGUUUCGACAAGGUAGCCAUUCCAGAGGUGAAAGAGAUCAUCGAGGGAUGUAUUCGCCAAAACAAAGAUGAAAGAUACGCUAUCAAGGACCUUGUGAACCAUGCCUUCUUCCAGGAGGAGACUGGGGUGCGGGUGGAGUUGGCUGAGGAGGACGAUGGGGAGAUGAUCGCCAUCAAGCUCUGGUUGCGCAUUGAAGAUGUCAAGAAAUUGAAAGGCAAAUACAAAGACAACGAAGCCAUCGAGUUUUCCUUCGACCUCCAUCGGGACGUGCCAGAAGAUGUGGCUCAAGAAAUGGUUGAGUCAGGCUAUGUUUGCGAGGGUGACCACAAAACCAUGGCCAAGGCCAUCAGAGACCGCGUGUCCCUGAUCUGCCGCAAACGAGAGCAAAGACAGCAGGUGCGAGCCGAGCAAGAGAAACGCAAGCAGGAGGAGGAGCAGAAGCAGUUGUCCAGCGAGUCUUUGAAGAACGUGCCCGGCUCUCAAGGUUCUGCACAGAGCCAGUGUGGUUCCCAGCCUCCGACUCCUGGCCUUGUCCAGCCCGAGUGUGAGGAGCCUGAUGUAGACCAGCAGCUUCAGUACAUGCAAAGUGGAAUGACCUUGGCUGACGGGACGCUUGAUAGUGGUCAGGGUUCAUCCGUGUUCUCAGAACCUCACCUCAGCCAGUUCAGCAUGUCGUAUAGUUCUCCUGCUGUGUCGCAACCCCAGCAGGUGCCUGGACAGGCCGCCUACCCUCCCAGCUCUCAAGCUCCCCAACAGCACACCGCAUACCCCCAGCAGCCCAUGCCGCAGUCAGUGAGUCAGCCGUACGGUGGAGGAGGCUCAGGUCUGGUCGAGCCCCCGCUCUUUUUCCCAACCAUCCCGGAACGGCCCGUCUCGUUCUCCCCCCCGCCAUCUUGCCCGCCUAAAGCUUUCAACGUGCAGCGCCGCAAGAGCACCUCCAUCCUGGAGGCCCACACGCGUCACUUCCAGCCCGCCUACCAUCGUAGCUAUGGCAGCAGCCUGCACCCCUUUUCCGGCAUGGAAGCUCUGGGCCCCGGCGUCGAACCCUCUUUGUUCAUGAUGGCGCCCGGUAUGGCGCCUCAAAGAUUGGCCGAGCCACUGCACCUACAGCCCCCAGCGGAGUCGCUGUACGGAUAUAAGGAUGUGAGGGCCGAGCAAGAGGAGGCUGUACGCAGACUCAGCCUCAACCAGGCUGCAUUAAUGGACCAUCUGGAAGCCAUGGCCUAUAGUGGUUACCCUAUGACUGCACAUCAGCUAAGCCACAUCAGCUUCCAUCAGCAAAUGCAGGUUGCCGCUGCUGCUAGCUUGGCCUAUGAGACUCAAUCACAGCCUGGGCCAGCUUACCUACACCCUCAUGUCCAGAGCCACAUGCGCUUGACCCACAGCCCGAUCCCGCAACUGCCUCCCAUGAGUGUGUCUAGCUCUGCCUCUGCACCGCAGCACACCACAGCUGCAGAUCCAGGGUAUCAGCCCCACUCGUUUCCUCAUUCCGCACCACCCGUGUUGGCUCAUACAUCCGAGCCGAGCACCGCCUUUGAAUUCCACAUGCACAACCUCCAAGUGGACCCAGCCAUGCUGGCGUCCAGACUCUACCGAGCCCGCCGGGGCUCCAUGGACCUUAACUUGGAGGAACCGACUGGCAACCAGGGCUUGUGUGGUCGACUACAGCCCGUCACCGAAGAACUAUACAGCUAUGUGAGCCCGGAGCUGCCCCUUCCCCCGGGAAGCCUGCUUCUCCAUGGACAUAAAGAACUCAGUCCUGAACCUUCAAGUGACUCUAUGACCUCCUCCGAUGCUGGGGAGUUCCACUCGCCUCCGCCUCAUCAGUUGUACCAACCUCAAGACUGUUCCGCUGCUCAAUCCAUCCCACAAACGACUUACUAUAAAACAGAUGGAGGGAGUAACAUCAGCGAAGGGCACCCACCCAGUCAGACGACAUUUCUGUUCGUUCCACAUUCUGAAUCGUCCACCGUUCCGUCCUCGCACAUCACUGCUCUGCACAGUACUUGGGCCCGUCAACCAUCCCUUCCACCGGACCUCACAUACCACGAGCCUGCCUUAUCCCAUCAGGGCGCUACCUUGGUGCAGGUCCCAAUCCCUCAGUCCACAAGUGCCAUGUCUUUGGUUUCCUGCAGCACCCCAUUAGCCGCUUCUGCUUCUCAACAGUAUGGAGGUUACUACGUCCAAGCACUCCCUUCGCAGGCUGCUGUUCCGCAACAGGCUUCUCUGGGGCCAACUUCCCAAACAGGUGUCUCGUUACCCCAGCAGCAAGCUCCCCAACAGCCUCCCAGCACUGUGGUUCAGAGCAGCUCCCAGAUGCAGGUCCAGCCCGGCCCCCAGCUCACACAGCUUCUCUGCGCGCCAACUAUAGCAGUUGCCCCGUUUCCGCAGAAGCCAGUGCCUGAAGCGCUGACAUGCCCGGCAGCUGUGCCUGCUCCAGCCACUUCCCCAUCAGCGCUGCCGCCCUAUCUGCCCCAAUUGGUGCCGCCUCUAAUGACACCUGUGCCAACCAUCCAUGUGGCCACAGUCCCUUCCCCCACCGAACAUCCAUGUUUGCCAGCAGACACCCCAGCGCAGACAUCUCAUAUCGUCUCUCAGACUUUGACGACAGAACUGUCACAGCUCCAAACUCCUGCUGUGGAGAGUUGUCAUUCUGAUGUGGCAUCUGGGCUCAGCGAUGGUAAUGAGGGCGUAACGGGUGGCAGGCAUGAGGGUCGUUCUACCAAACGGCACCAGCGCAGAUCAGUACGCAGCCGUUCACGCCAUGAAAAAACCUCCAAGGCCAAGCUCAAUGUUCUUAAUAUAUCCAGAAUGGGCGAUAGAGUUGCGGAGUGUCAAUUAGAAACACACAACAGAAAAAUGGUGACUUUCAAGUUUGAUCUAGACGGUGAUAACCCAGAGGAAAUUGCACAGAUAAUGGUACAAAGUGAAUUCAUUCUAGAGAGUGAGCGUGAGUACUUCAUCGAACAGAUUCGAGAGGUCAUAGAAACAGCAGAUGAGAAAGGUGUGGAGCGAGAGCGCAGCCAGAUGGUUAGUGAUCACGAGCAGCAUAUUCCCACCACAUCUGCACCUCUUGAACAAGGUGUGCCGCCUAGUUCAGCUGCCCAGGUGGUCCAUUCUGCAGGACGAAGGUUUAUCGUGAGUCCAGUGCCUGAGUCCAGACUGAGGGAACAGUUCUUUAGCUCACCCCAACCCACAAUUGAAGAGCCUUCAUCUUCUGUGUCAGUUGCACCGCCUGCCUUGGGGCUUUCUGUGUCUGCGUCUGCAGUUAGUCUACAGCAGGCAUUCUCUGAAAUGCGUCAAGGCCGUUUUGACCCGGGCCCCAGCACUGCGCCGCCUAUGCUCCAUGUCUCCAUGCCCCCUCUAGUUCCUGCCGCAACACCCUUGCCCUCUAGUGCCGCCCCGGUGGUCCCUCCCCCAGUGUCUUCUGAAGUGACCUCUUCACCAUCUCUACCCUCUGUCUCCAUAAACCCUCCAGGGUCAUCGUCUCCUCCUCCUACCCUACCUGCCUCCUCCGUGACCUCCCCUCCAGCCCAUUCGCAACUCCCUCUGCCUCAAAGUCAAGCUGUACCUGCCGUCAUCAGUGUUAUUUCCACUCCUUCCUCUCUGCCAAUGCCAGCUGUGCCUGCCGCUACAUCCUUCCCCCAAACCUCAGUCCCCAUGCCCGCACCUGCCUGUACUGCUGCCCCGCUCCCUCACCCCAUGACUUCUAUGGGAUCUGUUUCUGGUGGCAGUAGUGAACAGCCGCCCAUCCCCUCCACUUCAGCUCAGCUCACACCACCGGUCAUCCCCACCACAGCCAUCCAGACGCCGCCGCUUGCACCAUCCACCACCACGGUUAUUCCCACUUCGGCUGCUCAGUCACAAGUGCCCACCCUUCAGCCGGUUACCACCAACAUACCAGUUGUACAGCCCACACCCGUGCACAGCCAACCUCAAACCUCCACCGUGCCCAAUCAGAGCCACGCACAUUGUGUAGAAUGUGACAGCGACCCGCUGGGAAAGGGUGUUGAUGACAUUCAGGCUCUGGAUAAAAAGCUGCGCUCGCUCUUCAUGGACCUGGGCUCUGGUCCGCCCUCUGCCCAGUCUGAUGUCGCAUCUGACCCCAUGGCGGCCGCAAACGUCCCUGGCACCUCCUCUCCAACUGCCUGCGCCACCCCUAGCGGCACCCCUCUCCCUCCCUCUAGUUUACCCCUUAACUCCUCCGGUCAGCCCACAGGCUCUCCCAUGACAUCCAUGGGUAAUGCCUCCACACCGGUCGGCUACAGUCAGACGACUCCAUCCAAAGCACCAUUAUCAAGAUUACCGGUGUUGCCUGUCGGCCCAGAUCAGGCUGGCACGCCGCCCACAGAGCACCUACCACCCUUCCCAGGACCUUGUUUAACUCAGUCCCAGCAGCCCCUGGAGGAUCUGGAUGCCCAGCUGAGACGGGCGCUGAGUCCAGAGACCGUCCCAAUCAACAGUGUCACGCACCAGUCGUCUAUCACUGGGAUGCCACCUGGAGGACAGCCAGUUCCGUUUUCUCUGGAUGAUGAGACAGCAGCUGCACCUGCAGCUGGAGGAUACAAACUGGGACGAUUCCAGGUGUCAGCGGCUCCUGAUGAGAACGCCCCGCAGGCUCCCACCACCUCCCAUGACUCGUCCUCCACAUCUUCUUCCUCCACCACCUCCUCUUCAUCAUCCUCCUCCACUCUCUCUAGCCCCGAGAACACGCUGCACCGAACCUCCUCUCCCCUUAGAGACGCAAAAGCAGAUGUGGUAGACGGCCUCCCUGCUCUCCCCAACUGGACGACAACCCACCCCCAGCCCGCCACCAUUGGCCGUUUCCAGGUGACCACCAAGACGGACACAAAGGUUGGCCGUUUCUCAGUGAGUAGAGCACAGGACGAGGCUCCUGUUGUGAGCUUACAACCCCCAGAACCCCAGCUGGCACCUCAGGCCCAUCCAGCUGUAGGCAAUGGUCCGGCUCAGAGCCCUGGAAGCCUCAACAACUCUGUCAGCUCCUACUUCAGCAGUGACAAUGACUCAGAGUUUGAAGACGAGGACUUUAAAAGAGAAGUCAGCAAGCUGAGGGAGAAGCACAUGAUGGAGAGUCAGGCUCUGUACAUCCGGCAGAAGGCAGAGAUUGAUGCCCUUUUUGCUCGCUUAGGCAAAGCACCUCCCGCCAUGGUUAACCCUCCUGUUGUGAACCCAGCCGGCCGCAGACGACGUCCCACCAAGAGCAAAAGCAGCAAAUCCAGCCGCAGUAGCUCACAGGGCAGCAAGAGUCCUGUACAGCCAGCAACCAGCACUUUAUCUGCACAGAGCGCUCCCUCUGUGUACCCGCCUCAGCAGGCCUUCCUGGCCCCUGGGGGGAUGAUAGAUGGGGGGAGCAGCCCUCUGCUCCAGUCCUUCAAACCCUCCCCUUCUAAUGAGAACCUGUGCUCCGCUUACACCAGUGAUGCCACGCUCUCUGCGCCCAGUUUGUGUGUCACCUCGCAAGGCUGUGUAAAGUUCAGCUGUGGGUCGGAGAGAGUGACCUUCAAACCAGGUGGCAGGAGGACGCGUUUUCUGAGUACGCCCUGCUUGGCUCUUUGGAAGAUGGUGAAAAAAGUGUGCCCCUGCAACCAACUCUGUAGGACGAGCAGCACCAACACAGUGGCGGGAACCGUUCAGAAUCAAAACCAGCCGCCUGUCUCUCAGUCCCAGAGUUGCAAGGGCAUGUUCACAGACGAGCUGCACAAAUUAGUGGACAACUGGGCCAGGGACGCUAUGAACCUGUCACAGGGCAAGAGAGGCUCCAAGCACCAACAACAAGUGGCUCCUCAGGGCCACAGCUACGAAAUGGUUCCUCCUACCAAUAUGGGCCGUAAGUACUCGGCUCCUGGCCAGCUGUGCCCAAGCAUCGCUUCAACUCUGAGCGGCCACCCACCCAUGCCCAACACUCCCGCUACCUCUCUGGGAGCCCGGAAGGGCUCCUUGUGUCCCACGCCGCAGUAUGGCUACUCCUCUGCACCUUACAGCGCCCAGUGGGCUGGUUCGGUCGCGCACACCCAGGCCGGUCUGCUGGCCACCUCGCAACCCCUGGGACAGUAUCCCCAGGUUCCCACCCCUUUACAGACCUUCCACAUCAGCACUUUGCAAAAGUCAGUCAGCCACCCGGGUGGACCCAACCUGAAGACCACGUAGGGCAGGGCCUAGC